AUGGUCAACAUCGAGCUGCGUCGGCAGGUCAUCAACGUUUACAAAGAAUUGCUGUGGUUAGGGCGCGAGUAUCCCUUGGGCUAUCAGUACUUCCGAGAUAGGCUCCAUCGUGCGUUUGCGGGCCAAGCACAUCUUACGGAUGAGGAUCAGAUUAGACAGGGGAUUGCUCGAGCUGAGUUUGUGAAAAAAGAAGUUGAAGCGCUGUACUACUUGAAGCGGUACCGUGCGCUUAAGAAGCGGUAUGAGAGUAGCUAA